AUGACAAAACGUACUAGAUCCCAUCGAGAUGUCUCUCUUGUAUCUGUUACUCAUCCAGAUCCACUGGGUUCUGUCGCUCCUAACGAUGAAGUCACAUUGAAACGGCAUCUCGGUCUAUUCUCUGGUGUUUGUUUAAUCGUCGGCGUUAUCAUUGGGUCUGGUAUAUUCGUGUCACCCAAAGGUGUGCUAAGAGAAACACAAUCAAUUGGCUUAUGUCUGAUUAUUUGGGCUGCGAGUGGAUUGAUUUCCACGCUUGCGGCGCUUUGCUAUGCAGAGAUUGGCACUCUAAUUCCACGUAAUGGUGCAGAAGUUGCCUAUAUGAAAGAGGGUAUUGGGUCAGUGCAUCGACGAACAGGUGAUGUACUAGCAUAUUUGUGUGUGUGGUCAAAUACAUUUAUCAUCAAACCAUCCACGAUUGCCGUUCUUGCUCUCAUUUUCUCUCAAUAUUUCCUAUCCGGUAUCAUGAAUAAUUGCCAACCAACAGACGAAAUGGUUAAGUUACUAGCAAUUUUAACGCUUUUAAUAUUAAUCAACGUCAAUUCACUUAGUGUAUCGAUAGCAAAUCAUCUGAAUAUCGUUUUCGUCAUUUGUAAAGUGUUAACCAUCUUGACAAUUGUCAUUGCUGGUUUCGUUAGAAUCGGACAAGGAUACACACAAAAUUUGAAAGAUGGUUUUGCCGGCACAACAAAUCGACCGGCAGGCGUGGCAUUAGCAUUUUAUAGAGGACUCUUUGCGUAUGGUGGUUGGCAUGUAUUAAACUCGGUUACAGAAGAACUCAGAAAUCCAAAAAGAAACCUGUGGUUGUCUGUUACAUUAGCUCUACCUACUGUUACUUUACUCUACGUUUUUAUUAACAUUUCAUAUUUUACAGCUAUGACAAAAUCAGAAUUACUUGCUUCUAAUGCAGUUGCUGUCACAUGGGCCGAAGCAGUGCUUGGUCCUGCUGUUCGUGCACUACCAAUUUUGAUUUCGAUUAGUGCACUGGGUAGUGCUAAUGGUUGCUUGUUUGAAGCAGCUCGAUGUUGUAUGGUUGGUGCUCAAUAUGGAUAUUUACCAGAAAUAUUCGCUUGUAUUCAUGUUCAACGAUUGACACCUCUACCCGGCGUCAUUCUACAAGGUUGUGUGGCGAUUGCUUUCUGUAUUCCAAGCAAUGUCUAUGCGUUAAUAGAUUUUUUCAGUUUUGUUUGCUGGAUAUUCUAUGGAUUAGCGUUUACUGCUACACUUUGCUGUAAAUUUACAAAAAGAGAUGCCAGGCGUACCAUCAAUGUUCCCAUACCAUUUAUCAUCAUCAUGAUUUUAGUUUCGAUAUAUCUAGUCGUUGUUCCGGUGGUAUCAUCUCCAAGUAUAGGAUUUCUUAUUGCAGGACUUAUUAUUCUCUUUGGACUAAUUUUUUAUUAUCCAUUCGUCUAUCGGCAAAUCGAAUUACGCUUUAUCAACGAGAUAAAUUCAUUUUUGCAAGAAUUUUUCAAACUACAACGAGCACAGAUCCACAUCUAA